AAUAAGGGGGUAUGAUGCAGGAGGAGGCCACAGAUGAGACAACACUCAUUGUUGACAAUGGUCCUUAUAGUACUGACUGGAUGUGCUGCAGGGGGCCAUUCAGCCUGGCUUCCUCCAGGGGCAUUUUAACUUCCCUGACAGGCCUCUUUCCUGCCCAUCACUACUGUGUUUCUUCUCUUGAUUCAGUGUUCACUCCAGCUGCAAAGGAUGGUGAGGAUCCUUUCCAGUCUGACAAUCUCCCUGAGAAUCUGGGCUACCAUGUGCAGAUGAAGGAAGGUGUGGUGUACGUCUAUGCUGACAAAGCAGCAGCUGCCCGGGGUGAGCCCAAGGACCUGCCAUACCCUGACCUGGAGGUCUUCAUUGAUGACAUGAACUUCCUGCUGGCCCUGAUAGCUCAGGGGCCUGUUAAAACCUACACGCACCGUCGCCUCAAGUUCCUCUCUUCCAAAUUCAAAGUGCAUGAGAUGUUGAAUGAGAUGGAGGAGCUGAAGGAGCUGAAGAAUAACCCUCAUCGGGACUUCUAUAAUUGUCGGAAGGUGGACACACAUAUCCAUGCUGCAGCUUGCAUGAACCAGAAGCACUUGCUACGAUUCAUUAAGAAGUCAUACCGGAUAAAUUCUGAAAGGGUGGUGUACAAGUCCAAGGACAAGACACUGACACUCAAGCAGCUCUUUGAGCAGCUGAAUCUUCACCCCUAUGACCUGACUGUAGACUCACUUGAUGUACACGCAGGUCGCCAGACUUUCCAACGCUUUGACAAGUUCAAUGCCAAGUAUAAUCCAGUAGGUGCAAGUGAGCUGCGUGAUCUCUACCUCAAAACGGAAAACACCCUCAAUGGUGAAUACUUUGCCACAAUCAUCAAGGAGGUUGGCUCUGACCUGGAGGACGCCAAGUACCAGUAUGCAGAGCCACGACUCUCCAUCUAUGGGCGUACACCAGAAGAGUGGCCCAAAUUAGCCAACUGGUUCAAUCAACACCGUGUUUAUUCUCCCAAUAUGAAAUGGAUGAUCCAGGUGCCCAGAAUCUAUGAUGUGUUCAGGUCUAAGAACUUCUUGCCACACUUUGGGAAGAUGCUGGAGAACAUCUUUGUGCCAGUGUUUGAGGCAACAAUUAACCCACAGAACAACAAGGAGCUGAGUGUGUUUCUGCGCCAUAUUACUGGCUUUGACAGUGUGGAUGAUGAAUCCAAGCACAGUGGGCAUAUGUUCUCCACCAAGAGCCCCAAACCAGAGGAAUGGAACUAUGAGAAGAAUCCAUCCUACACUUAUUACGUAUACUACAUGUAUGCCAACAUUCUGGUGCUCAAUCAUCUCCGGCGAAAGGGGGGCUCCAGAAAUUGUUUUUGUUCACCUUCCUUUUGUCUGCCACCCAGACCGUCACUCCCACUAGGAAGAUGGAAAAGAUUCUGUCUACAUUGCCCUAAGCUCUUGUGUUUCCCUUCACAGAGUCCUGUACUUCAGUAUCUCUACUUCCUAGCCCAAAUCCCCAUAGCCAUGUCCCCACUCAGCAACAACAGUCUCUUCCUGGAAUAUGCCAAGAACCCACUUCUUGAUUUCCACCAGAAAGGCCUGAUGGUGUCAUUGUCUACAGAUGACCCCAUGCAGUUCCACUACACCAAGGAGCCUCUUAUGGAAGAAUAUGCCAUUGCUGCCCAGGUCUUCAAGCUCAGCACUUGUGACAUGUGUGAGAUUGCACGCAAUAGUGUCCUGCAAUGUGGCAUGUCUCAUGAGGAAAAACUCCAUAUCCUGGGGGAGAGUUACUUUGAAGAUGGGCCACAAGGUAAUGACAUCCGCAAGACCAACGUGGCUCAGAUCCGUAUGGCCUAUCGCUACGAGACGUGGUGCUACGAGCUCGACCUUAUAGCUGAGGGGCUGAAAGUGGUGGAAUAGUUUCCUUUCAGUGCUAAGCCUGCUGUACCUGAUCCUUGCCGCAACCACAGAGCAAGCCUGAAGAAGAGAAACCUGAAGCUCCAUUAAACACCAGGCAGUUGAAGGGGUGGGGCUUAUCCUCAGGGCUGUUGCUUCUGAUUACACUGAUAAGGAAUCUAAACUGUGUGCUGUGUUUACUGGGCUUUUCUGUGCUUUUCCAUUGUGCAAACAGAAGUGUAUCCAACAUCCUGGGGAGCAGCUCCUGCUACACAUCUUCUAUCUAUAUAUCUUGCUGCAAGUCUAACAGACAUGUCCAUCUACAAAACAGCCCAGGAGCACUAUUCCUGUCUUGCCAGCCCUGCUGUGAAUACAUGUUGUGGCUUUUAUAAAAUUGGAGAAUACAUUCGUUACAGCCGAGUAAGAGAACUGCUCUUGAGA